AUGAGGCCCCAAUACACAGAGAACCAUAGUGCUCUGCAACUAUUACCCCAGACAAGAACUUCACAGAUGGAGCUCAGUGCACCGAACGAGGACGAGAGCGCGUCAAGCAGUGAGACGACCCUUGUUGUGACUACAUCAGGUCCUAGCUCGCACCGGUCUUUCUCAAAAUCCGCCCUUGCAGCACCAACGGCGUCACCAAUGCAGCAGAGAGAAGCAAAUUUGUUGUUGAAUGCAACAACCGAAAAGAGAGCUGCGCAGCUUGUCACUCAACCGACAGAUGGCUGUGCACUUCAUCAUGACAGUCGAUGUAGCAGCGAUGCUGAAUCACUCGACUACGUUGACGAGCUAGCCAGCAGUGCUUUUCAAGACUGCCGCAGCGCUGCACAGCUGCUCACGGCGUACUCGCAGUCGCAGCUCACUUCUUACAUGGAUGCCAUGCCGUUUACGGUGGGAGCCGCAAGCUCUGAACCACCCCGCACGGCGCAAAUGAGUGCACUUCAUUCUCUUGCUGGGGACGACAGCGAAGACAGCAAUGAAGGACAUGGCAGUGAGGAUCACGCAGACCGCCGAAUCGAAAAGACAGGCGAGUCGGACGAUGCAGCGGAUGACGCUUUUACCGCGCAAAACACCACCAUCGAAGUACUUCUGCCCGUCGAUGACGAUGACGCGGCAGCAGUGCAGCACGAGGGACACGAGGACGCUCGAGGGGUGGGAUGCACUUGCCAUGGCACUGAGGAGAUCACUAAGGACGCCUCGUCUGACACCCCAGAGAGUGUGUUGAAGGUCUUUUACGGGAAGGAACGAUGGGCGGGAAAGCAACCGACAAUUUCGCGAGGUGACCUCAGCACCAGAGAUGCCAAGCUUGCUCUCACGCCAGCUGCCGCUCCUUCUUCGGCAGCACCACGGCACACUGACUCAGCCGACUGGGUUGCAACACGCAAAACGGCGCUGGACCAGUUGCGCACAAAAUUCAAUGAGCGAUCGACGGCCGUCGCUUCUCGUGCCCCUGUGAAUCGAGUGUCGAGCCCGUUUGCUCAACGUGAGGGGGAAAACGCACACAGAGUACAGUCCACGUCAAAUUCGGUGGCCCAUCGUGGGCACGCCUUGCAACCCUCCGACUCUUUUGAGGAUCUUUCAAAGGUUCCACUUGCCGGCGAGACAUCAGUGUCAUCAAGGAAGCGGAGUCCUCCUCGUGCCGAGGCGACAACAGCGGCAAGUAUACUUGACAAGCUUAUGGGCGACUCAUGGGUCAGCAGCACUACCGCCAUUCCUCAAACAGCACAACCACAAAGGACGCCGGCGACACAUAGUGGCCUCGACGAGGGCGAGAGCCACACCUCGUUAGGCGAAAGGAGUCGGACGCUGGUGAAACCGACGGGAGACUUAGCAGGAGCGCGGGCGAUGACAACGGGUGAGAGCGGCGGCCGUUUCAUUGUCCGCCCUGCGCUGAGCACUGAUGUGAGUAGUAUCAGUCCCAUCAAGAAUGAGGCGUCAUCGAUCCUGGCAGACCUGUACAGCACACUUGACACUAGGCCGCCAGCAACGGCGGCGCCGCAACCUCAUCCUGGUAGCUUGGCCACGACGACACCCCCGCCGCGCGCCCAACAGCGGCGCGGCGGGCCAAGCGCCAUGGAGAAGGUGCACGAGGCAUCGGUGGAUGCCGUCACGGCGGACUUUUGCACCGCCCAAACGGCUCCGUCCAGCGCUUCGGCAUCCUGGACGGACUCGCCCGUUUGGGGUCGCGUGGCUGCGAACGCCACUGUCACCACCGCGGCCACUGCGAAUGAAAUUGAACACCUGCCUCCGUGUCCUCGCGCGAGUCGACUCAACCACGCACCGCCACUCGACCAGGGGCGUGUACACUCUGGCAUCGUUCUCAAUUCCAACGACGGCGGCACUGCUGGAUCAGGGCUGCGGCCGGAUGCAGAGGUGUCUGUGGUCCCACAGAGUGCACCGAACUCCUGGGACACGUCCCGAGUGAGCAAGUGGCGCUCCUCGGACCACGAGGGGCUAUCGCGCUUGGAGCAGUCGGUGGUGGAUACGUACGCCACAACACCUUCACAAGAAAAUACGACGCUUACGCGAGCGGCGGAGUGGCGGCAGCAGCGUGUCAAAGAGGAGAUGCGGGCCAAGGAGAUGGCGGAGUGUACCUUUCACCCGCUUCUAUCGCCGGGUACACGAGUCAUGGUACGCCUUGCUCAGGAGCGUGAGUUGGAGAGAACGCUGCAGGAAGAGGAGAAAGACGCAGGAGCGGAGUCUGCUGGAGCGCACACCAAAUCUGCACGAAUCAACUGUCCGCAGCCGUCUCUAGACUCCUCCGCGCUUAAGGCAACAUUACAGACUGUGUACGAGCGCCUUUAUCCAGCAGAGCUGUCGGCGACGGCGUCCCGUCGGCAAAUUAUAGAUCAGGAGAUGGAGUACCGCCGUCUCGCGCGAGAGGAGCUCAUUCUACUGCGACGCCGCUGUGGUGUGUCUCGAUGUGCGUCUCGCAAUGCCCGCAACAAUGGCGUGUCCUGGACACGCGACACAUUCAGCUCUUUUAUGAGCACAAUCUUGGAGGUGGACUGGGAGGAAGCCGCUACAGCGUCCUCCGUGCCGCUAUCGGCUGCCGCAGCAUCAUGCCCCGCUGAGUCACGGACGACAGGGAGCGCGGCGGCACCGGUGGCCGUUGUGCAGACGUCGUACAAGUCACCAAUGGCUGUGGCGUUGCUGGAGGAGCUGAACGCAAAGCGAAAGUACAACUCCCGCCGCAAAGCCGAAAUGCAAGGGCGGCAUGCCAAAAGAAGUGGCGCAGAGGUGGUGGUGGGCCGCGGUCAUCGCAAUGGGACGGCGCAGUCACCGGCAGACGGCACGGAAGCUGCGCCCAACGAGGAGAGCUUCCGCGUUGCCCUCUUUGACGAAUUCCUCUUACGCCAGAACGCGUACUAUUUUAACCGUUCUCGCACGGUACGUGAACUGGAGAAGAAGAUGACUCCCACCUUCACCCCCAGCACAACUGAAGCGAGCACACGGCUCGUGCAGGACAUGGUGUCAAGGUCGCUGCUGAACGAGUCCAUGGGCCCGGAGACGUCUUCUAUCGUGGCACGGCGAGAGCGGCAGCGCAUUCCAUUCACGUCGUCGUUUGUGAAGCAGCAUACUUCGCCAUAUGUGAAUCCAUGCACCUUCCAACCAAGCAUCUCACCAGCGGCGCGUGCAUCUAAGAACAUGGAGCGCCGUCACCCGAGUGGCAAAAGAGAGACCAUGGCAGAACAGCAGCAGAGCUUCUUUGAGCGGCUUUACACUGAGCAGCAGCGCAGAGCACAACGGCGCGAAAACGCCAAGAAACGCGCGGAGGCAGCGGAAGUGGAGGGGCUGACGUUUCAGCCGACGCUUAACGUGAAGUGCAACACCCACGUUCGUUCCCUGCUAAACCCUCGCAACUACCAGCCGUACCAGGCCUACCUCCAGGAGAAGCGUCAGUUGCUCGAGGCGAAGCGCAAAGGGCAAGAGGAAGACGCCAGGCAGGCGGAGGAAGAUGUGUGCUCCUUCCGUCCGCAGACCACAAAGAAGCCGGCGUACAUCGGUAAAAUGGCGAAAAGCUUCGGUGUGCUGCGGCAGCAGAACACUGAAUUUUAA